UAGCGUAUGCUACUCUAUUUUUUUUUCAUGUAGGAAAAGAGAAUGUGUGAAGAAAACUUGGCUGCAAAAAGUAGAUUGAAGACACUUUUACGAUAAACGAAAAGAAAAACUUUUUUUAUAUGGAAUUAACGACGUCUGUCACGUGGUCAAUGACGUACUAUGUACACAAGAGACUCAUCUGAAAAAAUGGUCAGGCAUGUCCCAACACUGUACUUGACACAACGUUGAAGUGUUGUUAUCAUUUAUCACAUGUCGCUCGUGUAAAACAGUGCGAAAUGAGAUCAUCGCCUGCUCCCUUGUCAUGACAACGGAUGCAAAUAAGGAGGAUGUCGAGGAAGCACGGGAGCAAGGCUAACGCCGAUUACAAAGCGCGGCUUGAGUACAAGUUGUACCUGGCCAGAGAAAAUCCAGAGCCAGUGUUUGAUGUGUCGGAAUGUGCCUUGAAGCAUGUGCCAUCGGGUAUUUAUUCGCUCUGCAAGGUGUUCCGAAAGAAGAGCCUGCUAAUGUUUGAUAACAAGCUGAGCUCCCUCUCGGGUGGAGGUGCCUUAAGUGAUCUGUCGCUGCUAACUGUCUUAGACAUUCAUGGAAAUGAAUUUAAUUCAUUAUCUUCGGAUAUUAUGUAUCUCACUUCUCUCAAGGAACUUUAUUUGCAAGACAACAAUAUUCGCAAACUGCCUAAUGAAAUAGUUCACUUGAGUAAAUUAACAAUUCUAAAUGUCUCGAGGAACAACUUAAAACAAUUACCUGAGGGUAUUGGACAGAUGCAGCAGCUUACCAAUUUGGACAUCAGCUACAAUAAAUCACUGCAGAAGUUGCCCAAAUCUCUGGGUUAUGCUCAACAAUUAACAAGUUUGAAUAUCGAUGGACUGAAUCUUUUGUAUCCACCUCAAGAUAUUUUGGAUGGCGGCACGAUAGUGAUCAUCGCGUUUCUGGCGAACGAGAGUGGCAUCGAGUAUUCGCCAGAAGAUUCCGUAUCUGAGACCGAUAUUUCAAGAGACAUAAGUUCGGAUGACAUGCAGACGGUAUAUAACAAUAAGAGUAAUGAUGUGCAGGCAGCGUUACAGAAGCUAGACAAAAUGAAGGAACAUCGACAAAAUGCCUUGUUGGCGGUUGAGAAAAACAUAAAACAACAGCAGGAAUAUGAGAUGGAAGUACAAUCCACACUUAAAGCGCACAGGAAAAAACUUUUGGAAAAUUUAGCGUUGCAGCAGAUACAAUUGGAGCAAGAACUCGAGAAAGUGCAGCAGGAAAGAGAUAUAAAUCGAACGCGUUUACUUUCGUAUAUUUACAAUGCUGAAAAGGAAGCCGACAAUGUGAUUAAAGAAUUUCUAAAGAACAGCGAAGAGGAAAGACAAAGUCAAGCAGAAUUAGUGGAACAGGAGAAGCAGGAGGAGAUGCAAUUGUUAAGCUCUUGUCACUCGGAACAAUCUCUACUGCGUAUGAAAGAUAUUCUCCUUGCAAUGGAGAAAUUAUUGGAGGAAGAAAUGUGCAGAGCGAGGAAAUUGGAGGAAUAUACGAAAUAUAGAGAUUACAAUGCGCAAUCACUGCUUACGCUAGAGGUGAGGAAGAACGACCAUUUGGCGCAGGUAGUACACGACCAGGAGAAAAACAGACAAGACCUCGUCGACAGCUUACGCCAGGACGAAGUUUUGCAGAAAGCGGCAGUUGCAGCAUUGCUGGAACGUAGCGACGCACGCUCCUGGAGCAUUGUGCAGCAAGUGAACCUAGUGCAGUCGCAAUUGGCCGCGCUCACCAACAUUGAGCUUGAAAGGAGAAAGUUGGAGAUCAAUCAGCAACUUAAUGAAAUUGCUGAUAGACGCGUGGCUUUAACAGCCAUUCUUAUAGACUUAUUGGAACAGCAGAAAACCAGGAGAGACCAGUUACUAGAAACAAUUAACACAAUAGAGCAACAGCGAUGCAUCUCUAAUGCGAGACGGGGCAGUUUGUUCUGGCUGAUGCAGUACCAAUCUCUGAUGGAAGCCCGACCGCAAGGAUUGCUGGAGAUGUUGGAACCUAUGCUGGUACGACACGUGGCGAUAGCAGGAGCUUUACACUGCCUUCCAUUCCUGGCUAAAUUGCCGUCUUUGCUGCCGAACAUCAGCGACGAACAGUUACAAGAUAUUGGUAUAAAUUGUGAAAAGGAUCGCGCUGCUAUAAUGUUGGCAGUUGAAAAUUAUCUGGCAGAGGUAAAAUUGAACGAAUCCAGAUCACUCGCAAUGCCUUCCGCACCUCUCGAAGAAGCAUCGACCAGUAAUCAGGACUGUAAUCUCGUUCAGAACAUCAAUAUGAUUGAAUGUGUAAUUUGCCUUGAUCUGCAAUGUGAAGUGAUUUUCUUACCCUGCGGACACCUCUGCUGUUGCUCCCCUUGCGCGAAUAAAAUUUCUGCAGAGUGUCCAAUGUGCAGAAGUUCAAUAGAGCGCAAAGUUCGAGUUGUGCAGCCUUAAAUUCGCGAGAAUCUUGUUUAUAUUCAGCUUAUUCGCGAUUAAUCGUUCGAUUUAGUGCUCCUCGUGAGCAUCUAAAAUACGCUGUUCUUCCUGAUCUGUGAUCACAUGCACGCGCGAAUAAAUUAUUUCCAUAAUAAUGGAAAAUGUAACGCGCACAAUUAUAUUUAUUACUGCAUGGUAAUAUAAUGCUCAUGAAUAUCGAUUUCACAUA